AAUAUUAUUUUAAUGUAUGUAUCAUAUAGUCAGUUUAUCUAUGCAGUUUAUCAAUUUUCAAUUAGUUCAUUUAUUAUUAUUAGCCACAGUCAUUGUCAAAUCUACCAUUGUAGCAUAGGCAAACUGUGCUUUAAUUGCAUUAAAAUAACUUACUGCACUAUUGCACACACAGUUAAAAUAUCAGUAGUUGAAUCACAUAAUCAGUCACUUUAUGUAGCUAUGGAUUAUGAAGUACCAGUAUCUAUUCAACAAGCUCCAGUGUCUGAUUAUGAAGUUCCUGUCUCCUCUAAUCCUAGCUACUCUGAUCAUGUACCUCUCUCUACUAAUAAUAAUCAGCUAUUAGCUACACCAGUCACUACUAAUCCUUCCUAUCAACCAGUAGAAUUGGAGACUGAGUAUUAUGAUACUUUUGAUGCAAAUAAGAUUUGUACAAAAAGCAACACCUCAUAUCUACCAGUUGAUCUAAAAACUACAACUACUACAGUGAGUCCUUCAGUUCAUAUUAAAAGGACAAACAAGAGAAUAAGAUCAUAUUUCAAUGAAGAACUAACCAACUGGGAGUAUAUACUAGCAGCACUGGCCACAUUGACUGUUCUAAUUACAGUUACUGCUAUUAGCCUGGCAUUGAUUAUUAUAUUCAAAGGAGAGAUGGGGGCUCAAUCUCUUAAUGAUGUCAGUACUCUUACCAUCACUCAGUCACCUCCUACUACUGCUGCUUUUAGUGUGAAUCCAUUGGACAGUUGCCAGUGUACAGUAAACCAGACUGAUGAUUUAAAGUUAUCAAGUUCAUAUCUAUCCCAGCUGCUUUCAACCAAAAACAUGAUCAACCUGUUGAAGGAAGAGAGGAAUAUGUCUACUAGUGAUGUAUUGAAACAGCUCAAGUCUUACACGUAUCAGGUUGAGAUUAUUAAUGAAUCAUUACAGUCAUUGAUAACUGAGUCUAAGAAACCAAAAAUACCUACACUAACUGGAUUAAACCUAACAUCAUCAAUAACUAUCAAUCAUGGUGACUGUGUUGAUGAACUGUGGAAGUGCAAACAAGUAGAUGAGCUUAAUUUUCACUCUGAUACUAUAGUAAAUAUUGGUCUCUGCACUACAGUUUAUUCACCUUAUGCUAAUGAUACACAUAUAGUUGUUGGUGCCUCAUGUAACAUACUUCCAGUACUACCUAAACCAGUGUUCUCAGUUAUAUUAAUAAAAGGGAAUGCUGAUAGUCGAUAUGUGUCUGGAUUACAGCUGCUAAAGCAAUCCACCAUUGCUUGUCGUUGUUUCAAUGAAAAUGUGCAACAGGCAUCCUGUCAUGCUUAUCUCAAGAAAUGCUCUUAUCAGCAAGAUGUAUCUCAAAAUGGCAGCCUCUCUAUUUCCUCAUAGUACAUGUGAAUGUAGAGGUUCACAUUAUCAGGCCGCACUUAUUGUUUCAUUUUUGAAAUAUCACCUUUACUCUUUCUGUCAGUAGUGACAGGUUUUAUGUAUUAUAAUAAAGAUCCCACAAUAUAUUAAUUAUUAUCUAUCAUCAUAAAAAGGAGUACUAUUAUUGUUACUGGUAUUGUGUAUCUUAUAUAGUUUCUUGUGAUUUUUGUUUUAAUUUUUAAUAAUUAUGGAUGGAGUUAA